UCGCCCCCUGCCCGCGCGAGCGGCCGAGGCUGGAUGCGUUUCUGAAAAGGCGAACUGCGAACAACUCUGGCGAGGCCGAGUUCCCCUCCAAGUGGCUCGGCGCGGCGAGGAGGUCCCCGGCUGGCUCGACCCUGCGUCCCUCCGCCGCCUCCGCGACGACACGGCUCCGCUCGCGACAGGGAUUUGGAGCGAAAGCAGCAGCUGCGCCAAACUCUAUCGUGACCUCAAACUCUUCGGACUGGUUCUGCUUUUAUUUUUACAAUUAAAAAAAAUAUUGGAAGAGCAUCAUCCUUCCAGGGGAUCAGCAUAGGAGGAGAUGGAAGUUUGCCCGCUGCUCUUGCUCUUGGCCGUCUGGUGGUCUCGAACGUGGGACUCGGCGAAUGCGGAUUCGAUCAUUCACAUCGGAGCAAUUUUUGACGAAUCUGCCAAGAAAGAUGACGAGGUGUUCCGGACAGCAGUUGGAGACCUCAACCAGAAUGAGGAAAUCUUACAGACUGAGAAAAUCACAUUUUCAGUGACAUUUGUUGAUGGCAACAACCCUUUUCAAGCAGUUCAAGAAGCCUGUGAGCUCAUGAACCAAGGCAUCUUGGCCCUGGUCAGCUCCAUCGGGUGCACGUCGGCUGGGUCCCUCCAAUCUUUGGCAGAUGCUAUGCAUAUUCCGCACCUCUUCAUUCAGCGCUCAACAGCAGGAACCCCGAGGAGUGGCUGUGGACUCACUCGGAGCAACAGGAAUGAGGAUUACACACUCUCUGUUCGGCCCCCUGUCUACUUGAAUGAUGUGAUCCUGAGAGUGGUCACAGAGUAUGCCUGGCAGAAAUUCAUCAUAUUCUAUGACAGUGAAUACGAUAUCCGUGGAAUACAGGAAUUUUUGGACAAAGUAUCUCAGCAGGGAAUGGAUGUUGCACUUCAAAAAGUAGAAAAUAACAUCAAUAAAAUGAUCACCGCCCUCUUUGAUACCAUGAGAAUAGAAGAACUGAAUCGCUAUCGAGACACUCUCCGGCGCGCCAUCCUGGUCAUGAAUCCGGCCACUGCCAAGUCCUUCAUCAGUGAGGUUGUGGAGACUAAUCUGGUUGGUUUUGACUGUCACUGGAUCAUUAUAAAUGAGGAAAUAAACGAUGUGGAUGUGCAGGAACUCGUCAGGAGGUCAAACGCAAGGCUGACCAUCAUUCGGCAGACGUUUCCAGUGCCCCAGAACACGAGUCAGCGAUGUUUCCGUGGCAACCAUCGAAUCUCUUCAACAUUAUGUGAUCCCAAGGAUCCAUUUGCUCAGAACAUGGAGAUUUCAAACCUUUACAUAUACGACACGGUGCUUCUCCUUGCUAAUGCUUUUCAUAAGAAGCUGGAGGACAGAAAGUGGCACAGCAUGGCAAGUUUGUCAUGCAUCAGAAAGAAUUCCAAGCCCUGGCAGGGAGGACGUUCCAUGUUAGAGACCAUCAAGAAGGGUGGAGUUAAUGGCUUGACUGGGGAGCUAGAAUUUGGAGAAAACGGAGGCAAUCCCAAUGUCCAUUUUGAAAUUCUUGGGACCAAUUAUGGCGAAGAGAUUGGCAGAGGUGUUCGCAAACUCGGCUGCUGGAAUCCUGUCACAGGUCUCAAUGGAUCAUUGACUGACAAGAAACUAGAGAACAACAUGCGUGGAGUAGUCCUCCGGGUGGUGACUGUCCUGGAAGAACCCUUUGUCAUGGUCUCUGAAAAUGUCUUGGGAAAACCGAAGAAAUACCAGGGCUUCUCCAUUGAUGUUCUCGAUGCCUUAUCCAACUACCUGGGCUUUAACUACGAAAUUUAUGUGGCACCAGAUCACAAGUAUGGGAGCCCACAGGAAGAUGGCACAUGGAAUGGCUUGGUAGGAGAACUAGUUUUUAAGAGAGCCGACAUAGGGAUUUCUGCCUUGACCAUCACUCCAGAUCGAGAGAAUGUGGUGGACUUUACAACCCGUUACAUGGACUACUCAGUGGGAGUCCUCCUUCGAAGGGCAGAGAAGACGGUGGACAUGUUUGCCUGUCUCGCGCCCUUUGAUCUCUCUCUAUGGGCCUGCAUUGCUGGCACAGUGCUUUUGGUGGGUCUACUGGUCUACCUCUUGAACUGGUUGAAUCCCCCAAGAUUACAAAUGGGAUCGAUGACCUCUACGACUCUCUACAACUCCAUGUGGUUUGUGUAUGGAUCAUUUGUACAACAAGGUGGGGAGGUCCCUUACGCAACCCUGGCGACCCGGAUGAUGAUGGGGGCUUGGUGGCUCUUCGCUUUGAUUGUCAUCUCGUCUUACACGGCAAACCUUGCCGCUUUCCUCACCAUCACGCGCAUCGAAAGCUCCAUCCAAUCCCUCCAGGAUCUCUCCAAGCAAACAGACGUCCCUUAUGGCACGGUGCUGGACUCGGCAGUGUACGAGCACGUCCGCAUGAAGGGCCUGAACCCCUUUGAGAGGGACAGCAUGUAUUCCCAAAUGUGGCGAAUGAUCAAUCGAAGCAAUGGGUCCGAGAACAACGUUCUGGAGUCUCACGCAGGCAUUCAGAAGGUAAAAUUUGGAAACUAUGCUUUCGUAUGGGAUGCAGCCGUGCUGGAGUAUGUGGCGAUCAACGACCCCGACUGCUCCUUUUACACGGUGGGGAACACAGUGGCUGACCGGGGCUACGGAAUCGCCUUGCAGCAUGGCAGCCCUUACCGAGACGUUUUCUCACAAAGGAUCCUGGAGCUUCAGCAGAGUGGUGACAUGGACAUCCUGAAGCACAAAUGGUGGCCCAAGAAUGGCCAGUGUGACCUGUACUCCUCAGUGGACACAAAGCAGAAAGGAGGCGCCCUGGACAUCAAGAGUUUUGCUGGGGUUUUCUGCAUCCUGGCUGCAGGCAUCGUCCUCUCCUGCCUCAUAGCCAUGCUGGAGACAUGGUGGAACAAGAGGAAGGGCUCACGCGUCCCAUCCAAAGAGGAUGACAAGGAAAUUGACCUGGAGCACCUCCAUAGACGUGUAAAUAGCUUGUGCACAGAUGACGACAGCCCCCAUAAACAGUUUUCCACCUCGUCAAUUGACUUGACCCCUCUGGACAUUGACACCUUGCCAACACGCCAAGCACUGGAGCAGAUCAGUGAUUUCAGGAACACUCACAUCACCACCACAACCUUUAUCCCAGAGCAGAUCCAGACUCUCAGCCGCACACUGUCCGCUAAAGCUGCCUCUGGUUUCGCUUUUGGCAACGUGCCUGAGCACCGAACUGGCCCGUUUAGGCACAGGGCACCCAAUGGGGGCUUCUUCAGAAGUCCUAUCAAAACAAUGUCAUCCAUUCCUUACCAACCAACUCCCACCCUGGGGCUCAAUCUGGGGAACGACCCCGACCGAGGCACCUCCAUAUGAGCAGCAAACAAAGUCUCGACACUGUUUCUUCUUAGGACUCCCUCGGCCAGGAGCGGCUAUAAUAUUGUGGGACUAACAUGGAUGUAACUUUUUAAAAAUCAGGAUUAUUAGUAACAAUUCUAGUUCCUUCUCCCACCUUCUCCCUCCUUCCCCUAGCUCUCUCUCUCUUUCUCCUCUCCCUUCUCAUAAAUUUUCCUCCAUUUUUUUUCAUUACUCAAUGUGUUCCCCCAGAAUAUAGUAUACUAGGAUCCUAUUAGUCUGCUUUUCAUAUACUGUACUUCGAGUCUAGGAAAUGUGCACUGAGUACUAAGAGUAUAUGCAGGAUUAAUUUUACAUAAAGGCCUCUUACAUAAUGUUUCUCUAUUUUUAAAAAUAUAAUUGCAAUAACUUCAGUCUUUUUACAUUCUCCUGCUGCAUCCAUAAAACGCUCCACUGCUGUUGAGUGUCCUUUAACUGUGGACCAAAGGCAACCCUGCAGAGUUUGUAAAACAAUUCAGAGACCAUUCAGGCCACAGAAUAUGGGAAUGCAAUUUUCUAGGAUUACAAAAAAGCCAUUAAUAUGCCAGUCAAGACUACAGCUACAACUACUCUUGCACUGCAACAGUGCAUAUGACCUUUAUGAGAUUGUACAGUAUUAAAAGUUUUUCUUAUGUACAGUAAACUUUAUCAUAGGGCGGAAGCCUCUAUUGUGUUAAAUAACUUAGUAUCUCAUAUAUAUAUACAUAUAUAUGCACUUAUAUGAUGUGUAUAUAUAUAAAAAGGCAGCCAUUGCUAUUGCAAUUCAUUUAAUAAAGCUUUAGUUUAAAAAAAAAAAGUAUUGUAUACAGGAGCUAUGUAUAGUGCCAGAGGUCUUUUCAGUUAGAAAAGGCAGGUUGCUUUAAUGUUAUUCUGACGCACAUUGUUUGCCAACAGAGAAUAUUUUAUACUUUUGUUAUUAAAACAUCCAGGGCGACUUAAUAUUUGUUCCCAGAUGUAACUCAUUUGAGUAGUUUCUUCAUUUGUUAUUCAGCAGUGUAUAAAGCUAACCUUGAUAAUUUGACUUUUCAUUAAUUAUCUAAAUGGCAAAUGCUAUUGGUUGGGUCACCUCCUCUGCAGCGCGUAGAGCCCUAGAAGAGUUUCCAGCCAGAACCUCCUCGAAGGCUGCAAGUCCUCCUCCAAGGCAGUGAGCCAAUGAGUGCACCACCUGCAGGUGGGGAGGAGGGAGAUGGAUUGAUGUGGCCUUAAUUAUAUCAUGUGUCAUCCUGGAGAAAAAUACGUAACACCCAUACUGGGCUCUCCUCUGAACCUCCUUUUUAUCCAGUUCUAUUGGAGGAGUUAUGUAUUUUUACAUUAAUGCCAAGUGUAUAGAAGAAUGACAAGGAGAACAGUGCCUCUUUGUGCACAACCCUUUUAAAGUAGCAUUCUUAUCUGUUAGAAAUGUAGGUUGAACUUCCUUUGUAAUCCUUAAAGUGUGAUGAGUAGGAACCAGAACUUAUCUUGUGUUUGAUGCAGCCAUACACUUAUUUUAAUCUAAUUCAUUCCAUGGCUAAGACUGAUGUAGGAAUCAACCUAUGUGAUUUGCUUUAGGAGAAAUUAAGAGGUAUAUUCUUAAGGUCUAUUAUAUUUUGAUGCUAAUUCUGUUCUGGGGAGCAUCUUGUACUGUCACUGUUUUGUACUAAAUCUUCAAAUAUUGUCUACUGUGUAAGGCAGAAAAAUUUCUUAUCCUGCAAAAAACAUUUUGUUUCCAGGGUAACAAGUACCUAAGUGCAUGCACAACUUGUUUUCCCUUGUAACAUUCAUGAUCUCAUUCAUAACUCUGAUUUUAAAACAAAACAAAACAAAAAAAAAUCUUUACAACAAGCUGCGUAGGGACAUACCAGAUGUUGCAGUGAUUUUAGCUAUCAACAAACUUAACCAUGUAUAAUAUUUAAAAUAGGCUUAUUUUGAUGUAUUGCCUAUUAUACAAAUACACAAAACAUUUUUGGAGGCCUCAGUUAUGAGUGGCAGAGCUUUCUGUGUAUAAUUUGUCUACAUAAUUUGUCUAAUAAAAAUGUUUUCUAAA